AUGGAAGCUGCAGACGCCUCCAGGAGCAACGGGUCCACCCCAGAAGCCAGGGACUCCCGCAGCCCGCCGGGCCCCAGCGGCGGCCUGGAGAACGGCUCUAAGGCCGAUGGCAAGGACGCCAAGACCACCAACGGCCACGGCGGGGAGGUGGCCGAGGGCAAGGGCCUGGGCAGCGCCCUGAAGGCCGCGGAAGGAAAGAGCGCCCUGUUCUCGGGCUCCGAGUGGCGACGGCCCAUCAUCCAGUUUGUGGACUCCGUGGACGACAAGGGCUCCAACUACUUCAGCAUGGACUCUGCCGAAGGCCGGCGCUCACCCUACGCCGGCCUGCAGCUUGGUGCCGCCAAGAAGCCGCCGGUCACCUUUGCCGAGAAGGGAGAGCUGCGCAAGUCCAUCUUCUCGGAGACCCGCAAGCCCGCCGUGUCCAUCAUGGAGCCGGGAGAGGGCCGCAGGAACAGCUCCCCCCGGGCCGACACGGGCCUCCUGCUGCGGUCCAAGGCGGGCUCCGAGGAGGUGCUGUGCGACUCGUGCAUCGGCAACAAGCAGAAGGCGGUCAAGUCCUGCCUGGUGUGCCAGGCCUCCUUCUGCGAGCUGCACCUCAAGCCCCACCUGGAGGGUGCCGCCUUCCGCGACCACCAGCUGCUGGAGCCCAUCCGGGACUUCGAGGCCCGCAAGUGCCCCCUGCACGGCAAGACCAUGGAGCUCUUCUGCCAGACCGACCAGACCUGCAUCUGCUACCUCUGCAUGUUCCAGGAGCACAAGAACCACAGCACCGUGACGGUGGAGGAGGCCAAGGCCGAGAAGGAGACGGAGCUGUCGCUGCAGAAGGAGCAGCUGCAGCUGAAGAUCAUUGAGAUCGAGGAUGAAGCUGAGAAGUGGCAGAAGGAGAAAGACCGCAUCAAGAGCUUCACCACCAACGAGAAGGCCAUCCUGGAGCAGAACUUCCGGGAGCUGGUGCGGGACCUGGAGAAGCAGAAGGAGGAAGUGAGGGCCGCCCUGGAGCAGCGGGAGCAGGACGCUGUGGACCAAGUGAAAGUGAUCGUGGACGCGCUCGACGAGAGGGCCAAAGUGCUGCACGAGGACAAGCAGAUCCGGGAGCAGCUGCACAGCAUCAGCGACUCGGUGCUGUUUCUGCAGGAAUUUGGCGCCUUGAUGAGCAAUUAUUCUCUGCCCCCGCCCCUGCCCACCUACCACGUCCUGCUGGAGGGGGAGGGCUUGGGACAGUCACUCGGCAAUUUCAAGGACGACCUGCUCAACGUGUGCAUGCGCCACGUCGAGAAGAUGUGCAAGGCGGACCUGAGCCGUAACUUCAUCGAGAGGAACCACAUGGAGAACGGCGGGGACCAUCGUUACAUGAACAACUACACAAACAGCUACACGAGCGAGUGGAGUACACCUGACACCAUGAAGAGGUACUCCAUGUACCUUACACCCAAGGGUGGGGCCCGUACUUCCUACCAGCCGGGGUCUCCGAGCCGCCUCUCCAAGGAGACCAACCAGAAGAAUUUCAGCAAUCUGUAUGGCACCAAAGGUAACUACACCUCCCGGGUCUGGGAGUACUCGUCCUCGGUCCAGAGCUCCGACGACCUGCCCGCAGUCCAGGGCAGCUCCUCUUUCUCCCUGAAAGGCUAUCCCUCGAUUGUCCGCAGUCAGGUUCCCAAGGCCCAGCCCCAGACUUGGAGAUCUGGCAAGCAGACCCUACUGUCUCACUACAGGCCCUUCUACGUCAACAAAGGCAAUGGCAUGGGCUCCAAUGAGGCCCCCUGA